CUUGAUGAAGUCGGUUUGUUUAUGUUAGCUCGCUAGCAAAUCAUAACUUCUAUUCCACUAAAAUAGCGAAGAAUUUAGCUAGCUACACUAAAAUAACAUGUCUCAAGUGACUAGAUUACAAAUAGCAAUGGACGCGGAAGAAAUGGUUGCCCAACUUAACAGAAAAGAAUUGCGCAAGCAGCAGUUGAUAGAGUACUUAGCAGCAAAAGGAAGACUGAAGCCACCAAACCCAAAACCUUAUCUUCGAGAUGCCGUUAAAGCAAAGCAGAUCACCAUGUCUACCGUGAAGGAUGAUCUGGACCCGGGAAAAGAGAACCAGGGUCCAAAUCCCCUCAAGAUGAAAAAGGGAACGGUGAAGGUUCAACCUCUGAUGGCCAACGCCGUUUCCCAAACCACUGGCACCUUCUGCAGUACCACCAACAAACAGAUCUCUGCCAACGGUCUCCUCUCUGCAGCAUCGAGUACCGCACGUCUCAACGUGCUCAAAGGCAUGACAAAGCCUUCUGCGGUUGCCCCAAGUCACUCAACCAGCCUGAAGACGGCUCCAGCCAGAUCACAAUCCACUGUCUCUACCAAAAGAUGCCCAGGCACCACCAACCAACCCAGAACCCAGCCUAAUCCAGCUGUUAAAGUCGGCAACACACGCCCUAGCUCUGCCAAACCCCUGGAAAACGCUGGUAGAACACAUUCAGCCAACACAACCAGACCAAAGCCAAAUAUUACUGGGAAACCCGCUAACACACUUCGCACAGCCAGCACGCGGCCCAGCACAGUCAGCACGCGGCCCAACACAGCCAGCACGCGGCCCAACACAGCCAGCACGCGGCCCAACACAGCCAGCACGCGGCCCAACACAGCCAGCACGCGGCCCAACACAGCCAGCACGCGGCCCAACACAGCCAGCACGCGGCCCAACACAGCCAGCACGCGGCCCAACACAGCCAGCACGCGGCCCAACACAGCCAGCACGCGGCCCAACACAGCCAGCACGCGGCCCAACACAGCCAGCACGCGGCCCAACACAGCCAGCACGCGGCCCAACACAGCCAGCACGCGGCCCAACACAGCCAGCACGCGGCCCAACACAGCCAGCACGCGGCCCAACACAGCCAGCAGUGCCAGAAUGAGUCCGAGCACAAUGGUUAAAACCAAGACAGGCCUUGUGUCUGUCCAGGUGCAACCUAGAAGCACCACCGUCCCUGCUCCAGCAUCAGCCUCCUUCACCCCCUCGGUCUUGAACAGAGCAUGCCCAAGCACCAGCCCAGUCCCAGCUGUGACCCAAAAGCCACCAGUUACUGCUCAGAGGAGAAGGAAUCCCUUCACUGGCGUGAGUGAGACUAACCAGAGGACAACUGCCUCGGCUGUGGACAAUGGGCAAAGGAGGAGCCAAGCUGUGAGUAGGACUGAUUCCACACCACUCCCAGAGAGAUCCAGUAAACCAGCAGGGCAGAGACAACCUGUCACUGGACCUAAACCCAUCAUCCAAGGCCCUACUGGUCCUGGGCACAAGACUGCAGCUACGAAGCCAGGUAAUAAAAGGACAACCAAAACCUCUCCCAGAGUUUCCAUCCAAGAGGUUGAGUGUAUUCAGAGGGCUGCAUCACAGCAUAGGGCUGAGGCUAGAGGAGCAGGAGCCAGCACUCGGAUAUGGAAGGCUGCCUCUCGAGCUUCCACCGGGAUAACAGGAAACCAAUGGCAGAACACGGCUCUGAGUAGGGCCAUGCAUGCAGCUGUGGCUGCGAUGGGUCAGAAAAGCAGCGGCGAGGAAAACCGAGGCAUGGUGGAGAGCGGGUGGACAGACACUGACACCAAGAAUGAACCCAAUGCUCCAUCGCCCUCAUCAACAUCUCCGGCGUGUUGGCCUAGGCCUCACAGCAGCACAGUAAAUGGUGUGUGGAUCCCCCAGGCGGUGCCUCGCUCUGCCAAAAAGUCCAGCCAUGGCCAGGAGGAGGUGGGGUGGGAGGCUGGUGUUGGCCUUAAGACACCCAGAGACCAGGCCAGGGUCGUGCCCAAGACAGAGGGCCGCAGGAAGAUGACAGCUGCCCAGGAAGAGAGAAUGCAGAAGCUCCAGGAAUGGCGUGAGAACAGGGGCAUCUCCUACAAGCGUCCCCCCAUGCCGGUGAGGCCUCCUCGGGUGCGGCGCACCUUGGCCCUCCCUCAGGCUUACUGGGACGGUAUGGAGGAGGAAGUUGAGGCCAGGUCUCUGGUUGAAGCUGUGGACCGGUGCCUGGCUGACUGCAUCAAGCUGCUGAAUGAGGGCUGCCUGUCCUCCCAGGUGCAGGAGAUGCUGUCCACUGUGCCCAUGGCCGAGAAGUUCUCCAAGUACUGGAUCUGCCAGGCCCGUCUGAUGGAGCGCCAGGGCAACCUGGAGGUUCUGCCGCUGUUUGAAGAGGCUGUACGAGUGGUGUUAGAGCCAGUGGAUGAGCUGCGGACUGUUGUGUUUGAGAUGCUGAAAAAGAAGGAAGAGACACAAGGUCAGUCUACCGUAGCAUCAGAGCAGGAGCCUGUAAGAGAGCAGGAUGACGUUAUGGAGCUUCACUCUACACCAGACCCCAUGGCCACACCCACAGCCGUCAAAGCCCUGAUCCGUGGUGACCGAGGAGGCUCGUCUGUGGUCAAGUACAAGAUCACCGCCACUCCAGGUGGUUUCAGGAGCCAGAAGAGGGAGGCGGCGGUGGCCCGCGUGUUGGACGGACAGGAGCUGAGAUUCUUCACCCCCGUCAGGCGCUCAGUGAGGAUCGAGAAGUCCGCGCUCUGCUACCCCGCCUCCCUGCAGGAGCACGACCUAUGUGUGGCCUCUUUCAAUGACCUGAUGGCCCAGCAGGAUGAGAGAGAGGGGGAAGGAGAGAGGGAGGGAGACGAAGAGGGGGGAGGCAGCGCCGGGCCCGUCCCAAACGGUCAUCUGUACGUGUACAGAGAGAACGGUGCGCUGAGAGACAAGGUCAACAUCCAGCUGAUCUACGCUGAGGAAGAAGACUAAUGGGCUGUGUCCUAGUAGUGUAAAGUGGCUUCCUCUCCUGCUUUACCCUGAUCUACUAGUACAGGAAUAGGGAGGUGCUGGAUAUGGUGCCCACUCACCAUCUGGGAAUGUAGCUUACACCUGUCCAGUUGUAUGUCCUUCAGUGCAUCGCCACGUUCCUUAGUGGCGAGCUGUAGUAAAACAAACAGUUCUGAAAGACCUGGGGGAUGAGUUUGUCAAUCUAAACUUUUCUGUACAGAAUCCUGCAGGAAGAGCCUGUCUAUCCAUCUGUCUGUGUUAACAGGGGACAAUGUCUGUCUGGAGGACAUGCACAGAUGGGUUUCCAACUUGACAGUUACUCAUUUGUAUGUCAAAACAAAAGCAUCCAUUGACUUUUUAGAUGGACUUUUGUUUUUUAAUGCAAACUGUGGUAAGUUUUUUUUUUAAAUGUUUUUUUUUUAGA